CUAAUACGACUUCAACCGGGAACACACAUCAGCAAUGGACAACAAGCUCAACUGUGAAGCCUUGAUGGAAUUCACUGGUCUAGAUCAGGAAUCGACGAUGACGCAGAUACUACCAUACCUUAGUAGUAUGAACAGCCGAGCGGAAGUGGAGGAAUACCUUGGGAGCUUGAUCGGUCAAGGGCAAAAGCAAACUAGUUUCAUUCAACGAUUCUCCGAACAACGCUUUCGGACCGAUUCGGCAAUGGCAAGAAAUCAGAAGAAGGUCGAUACAGCGUUCCCAUCAUUACAAUCAACUCACAAAUCAUCCUCAUCCAGCUUACCCACUACAUCUUCGACUACUCUGGGCAACUUUCCAAUCAAAACUCGCGGAGGACCAUCGACGAAGACACAAUCAACUCAACCAAAGAAACAACAAGCUGCUGGCUCUCAUCCAACUAAUCCGUCGGCGCUUGAUCCGAAAAUCUAUAACAAUUUCGGUAACUCGGCUAAUGUCUACCUCAAAAGCAGAGAUUCGGAUGAUUCUCAGACAAAAUCAUCGAAAAAGAGAAACCCGAAAUCGAUUCAUUCCGGCACAGUAACGCCCGAACCCAGGUUUGAAUCCACUAGUCAUCCUGAUCAAAUCCAAUCGACGGAAGAACCGGCUGCUCAGACGGAUUCCAAACCGGAUACCGCCCCAGAUAUUGAUAUCCCGAUCUCCGAACUGUCUCCAUCUACCCUGAAGGAACUAUUACAACUGAAGAUCAUCCUAGACUGCUUCGAAUCGGAAACUGCUACUCCCAAAGGAACCGCGAAAUGCUUCUGUGAGGCGAGAUCACACGGAUUACCUAUCGGUCGAUUGCCCAAACAAUGUACCAACUGUGGCCUGAUCUACUGCAAAUUGAAAGCUGCUCUAAGCUCUUGUCCCUCCUGUUCUGAACCGACUCCUCUAUCGACCAAUAACGAUUUGAGGACAAACGUCUGCGCUGAAUUUGUUGCUCAACGGAACGGAUUAAUCAAACUUGAAAUUGAGAAGUAUCAAAAACGGAUCUCGUUGGAGCUCAAAAAGGCACAAGCUCAAGAAGCUGAUCGCGCCUAUCCGAGUCUUCCCUCCUCCUCGACCCCAAGUAGAAGUCAUUCACACAACCAGCAACCAGCCUCGAACGCUAAUUCAUAUUCAAACCAACUCCAUCCUGGAGCCUCGAUCCAAAACCGAAUCAAACUUGGCUAUGGACGGCUAGCUGAAGAACAUAGUCUCAAAUCCAACAACAAACAAAGCUUACAGCAGCAGCAGCAACAACGACUAACCCCAUCUUAUUCACAUCAACCUAACACCUCUCAUACUGUCCUGAGAUUGAACUCAAGCAACGGGAAGACAAAAAUCAUCAAGACGACUAAGAAGAAUCCCCAAAAUAGCGGGACUCCUAAACAGCAAGAACUCCUGACUUUCAACCAAGUCUUCGAUCCUGAGUUUGCGGGUGAUCAAGAGCAUCAUGAUCUCGAUAAUCCUCCAUACUUAGAUACAUUUGAUGAUCUUCUGAGGCUCUCUUCUGAUCUCCAACCUUCCCUGUUUGUUGAUCAGAAACUCCCUUCCCCUCAUCAGGUCCCAGAGUAUGUUCCUGUAGAUGUUUAUCAAGUUUGAAUUUCAUAUGUUGGAUUUUAUUUUUGGAUUUGGAAGAUUUUGUAAGCCUACUUUAUUCUCAAAGCUUAUGAGAAUGCAUGUACAGUGGGUGGACUGUUAUUUUUGGAUUCCAGAGCUUCAAAGCACAAACUUGAAGUCACAAGAAUUGGUCAAGUGGUGCAGAAUAAGU